AUGUCUACCGAGAAGCCAUGGCAUGCAGAGUUUCCGGAGCCCAAAACAGAAGCGGCCAUUAUGCCUCGAAACCGCGUGAUGCAGAUGUUGUCAUUACGAGGUGUGGCAAGUCUGCUCGUUAUUGAUUUGAGAAGGAUGGAUUUCGAGGGAGGGUGCCUUCGUGGCAGCUUGAAUAUUCCUGCCCAGGGCUUCUGGUGGAAUAGAGGCAUGCUAUACGAGUUGGCAUACAAAGCUGAUAUCGAAUGGGUUGUAUUCACAUGUGNGCUCCUCAAAUGGACGAGCGCCUCGUUGUGCUGCAUGGAAUUCAUCGACGCAGCUGGAGACGAGCAGAUGCAAUCAAUGGUACUCGAAGGAGGCGUCAAGGGUUGGGUCAAGAGUGGGCCUCAGUUCACGCGACUGAUGGAUGGUUACAAAGAAUCUUACUGGCAAGACCUCUUCGCCCAAGAAGAAGCCAAGAAGGCCGCAGCUCAAGGACAAGACGACAAGAACCUGGUCGGCCAGGGAGACGUGACAAAGUGA